AUGGCUGACAAGACGAUCAAAGGCCUCGAGAAGGCAAAGACAAUGGACGGCUCGUCGCUGCGCGUCGCGAUCGUCCAUGCGCGCUGGAACCGCGAGGUCAUCGACGCGCUCGUCGCCGGCGCUGUUGCGACCCUCAAAUCCCACGGCGUCAAGGAGAGCAACAUUGUCGUGCAGACAGUGCCAGGCUCAUUUGAGCUUCCAUAUGCAGUGCAAGGGGUCAUCGCCGCCUCGCACGUCCAGAUAGGCGCAACGGCUACGGACCUGCUCGGCGGAUUGUCCAUGUCGCCCUCAUCGCGCUCUGGCACUCCGGCGCCGCCGACUGCGGUGGCGAUGCCCCAGGAGCCGUUUGACGCGGUCAUUGCCGUUGGAGUCCUCAUCAAGGGCUCGACGAUGCAUUUCGAGUAUAUAUGCGACUCUGUGUCGCAUGCUCUCAUGCGCGUACAAUUGGACGCUGGCAUACCCGUCAUCUUUGGUGUCUUGACCGCAUUGAACGAUGAUCAGGCGCUCGAACGCGCCGGACUCGGUCGCGGCGCAAGCAAAGGUCACAACCACGGCGAGGAUUGGGGUGCGGCUGCGGUUGAGAUGGCGCUCUCGGCGCGCUCAUGGCACAUCUUGUCUCUUGCCACCAUCACCCAUCAUGAAGAAGAAGGUAUUACUCAUGGGCGCGUCGGGGAGCGGCAAGACGUCAAUGCGUUCGCUGAUCUUCGCAGUUCGAACAACCCCGCAAGCUUGACCUCACGUCUGGGAGCCACCAUCGACGUAGAACAGAACCACGUCCGCUUUCUUGGAGACCUCAUUCUGAACCUAUGGGACUGUGGCGGUCAAGAUGCCUUUAUGGACACAUACCUCACCACGCAACGGAGCACCAUCUUCCAGGCCGUCGGCGUUCUCAUCUAUGUAUUCGACGUUGGCGCACACGAACGCGCGGAGGACUUGGCGUACUUCAAGGACUGCUGUGAGGCUCUCCGCAAAUACUCGCCGGACGCCCGGGUAUUCCUCCUGCUACACAAAAUGGAUCUGGUCGGGGCGAAUGAACGAUCCAGCUUCAUUACGCGACGCGGGAAGGAGCUGCGUGAGGUCGAUGGCGGUAGCGCAGAUGCGGUUGUCUUCGGCACGAGUAUAUACGACGAGAGUCUAUACAAGGCCUGGUCACGGAUUGUCCACACGAUAAUCCCCAACGCAGAGGUUCUCACCAAGCACCUCACUCGCUUCGCCCAGGUCUGCUCCGCGACCGAAGUCAUCCUAUUCGAACGCACAACCUUCCUCGUCAUCGCGACCUCUGAUCUGCAACCACCCGUACUUCCGCCGUCAGAGACCGGCGAGGUCCUGCUGGCCUCACCCGAAGCGCUUCACGCACUGCACAGUGCUCGUUACGAGCGCACGAGCGAGCUCAUCAAGUCAUUGAAACACGCAUGUGCACGCUUGCGCGAGGAAUUUGCCGGUCUCGAGCUUGAGCUACCCGAGUGCACCGCGGUUCUUGCUGAGAUGACGCGCAACACAUAUGUGUUAGUGAUUGCGCACGAUAGGAAUAUAGAAACGGCCGCGAUCAAGAUCAACAUCCGACUGGCACGCGCGAAGUUUGAGGAGCUCCAGGCCGAUACCGUCUUCAGUCGAUGA